GUCCUGCCUCAAUAAUAUCCUGAUAAAAUAGAUAAAAUCCUGCCUCAUAAUAACGCGCUUCAUUCAUUUCAUGUGAGCCGCACGGCACAGAUUUGCGUCUCCGAACAGUCCAGUGGUCCGUUUCAUGGCUUCAUUACAAAGACUUAACCUGGGUUGACUCAGCUACUUAUUUACAUGCAUGAACAUAUUUCGGAUCAGUGAUGGAGCCCUGGCCAACAGUGGCCCACAUCCUAUUGAUGAUGAGCAGCAUUGCAGAUUGGCUGCGGAUGGUCCAGAUGCGGGAUUUCACCAUAAAGGACAUCAUUCACCUACACCCUUCAACAACACCUCAUCCUCGGGGAUUCAAGUGCUUCACAUGUCAAGACGCUGCAGAUAAUUACGAGUGUAAUCGCUGGGCGCCAGAUGUAUACUGUCCAAAAGAUACCAGAUACUGUUACGCUGUCCACAUGAUGGAUCACCUUGGAGACAGCGUCUCUGUGAGCAAGCGUUGUGUAACGUUGUGUAAGUUUGACAAAUCAUUUUGAUGCAGCUCCAUCUAUACUUUCUACAUGGAAAAAAAUGGUUUUGAAUUUACUUAAUUUUAAUUUGUCCAGUGGUUGCACAAAAUAAAAUAAUCUAAAUGAAAAUAUACGUCUUGAGUAAAAUAUACUAAUAUUUUAUAUUUUGUGGUAUUUGUAAUGAAUUAUAUUUGUAAUUGUUGCUCAAUUUAUUUUAGUUCAAUUUAAUUGACUAUGUUCCAUAUAAUAAACUAAUCGUGUAUGGAAAUCAAUUCAAUUGUUUAACAGCUCCAUUCUAAAAUUACUAUUUAAUUAAAUUUAUUUUAAUUGUUUUGCUAUUAUUAGUGUCUCAACUAUCAAUACAGUUUACAUUCAGAAAAAAAAGAAACUUUCACAAAAUUCAAAAAUAAAACACAAUUUCUUCUUCCAAUCAAGAGUAUAAUGAUCAGUUGCAUACAUAAAAAUUGGAAUGUGUUGAUUGUUGUUCAAACCUUGUGUAACAGGAUGAGAUCAACUGUCAUAAAACUCAAGUUAUACAUUACAGGAGACCAAGACAUGCAUUGACAAUUUUUUAAUUCCGUUUUGGUGCUGCCAAUCUGUCCUUUACAAAAAAGUAUAAAUAUCUUGUUUUGUUUUUUUAUAGAUGAACAUCUUACAUUUGAUGACGUGAUUAAAGCACUGUCUGAGUCAGCAGGUAAAGCCCUAGGUGCUGUUAUAAAAAAAGUUAAAGCUUGUCGUGAUCCGGGCUAUAAAACCUACACUGAACUGUACAAAUCUUGUGUUUGUCUGGUGUUGGGUUUGGGGCUAUCGUAAAUAAAUUUACUGUGAAAAAGUUCAAUAUAGAGCAAGAAGAUAUUUUCUAGGGGUACAUAGAAAUGCUCCUAAAUUAGCUCUGUAUGGCGACAUGGGCUGGGAACCAGGCGAAGUGAGACAUGUUUGCGAUAUGAUUUGUUUAUGGAAUAGGUUAAUUAAUAUGUUGGACACUAGGCUGACCAAACACAUACAGCGGCAGAAAUAAGUAUUUUAACACGUCACCAUUUUUCUCACUAAAGA